CUACCAAUUCUGAAUCUCUUAUGAAGCAGAUGAUUCGCUCCACGCCCUGCCCUUCGUCCGCGGCCUCUAAUCUCUAUCUUCCUCUCCAGCCAAUUCCUCGUCAACCACGCCGCGCCUUUCCUCCCAUCUUCGCCUUAGGCUCUGCACUCCAGGCCCGACAUUCAUUGCACCGGGCCCUCCCGAACCCGGGAUGAUGGGCUCCCUGUAUCCCGACGUCGUUUCUUUCGGUCUGCGGUGAAGUCGGGAUAUGAACUAGACGCUCCUAUGCGCUCACACGGACCGCGAGCGAAGGUACCCGACGCGAUGGGCCGUGACUCGGCCCUCUCGCCUCGGAUUUCUCGACUGUGCCCCGAUCCUAUCGAUUCCCCAUCGGGUUCCGUCGAGUCUAGCCGGGACGGAUCCUCCGAAUCGUCCGCGAGCACCCAGGCGAGUCUGGAUUCCCCGUCGCCGGUUGACAGGCAGCCUACCCAGACCCCCACCCCUAAGGAAGAGCUUGGUUCGCCGGACAGUUUGGUGGCGGGAACAGUAACGAACGUCAAGCACCGGCACCCUAAGAGGGCGCAUAGCCCCUAUGUUUGGGAAACGCACAAGGCGGAGAUUUGCCGCCUGUAUCUCGACGAGAACCGGCGUCUAAAGGAUGUCAUGGAGAUCAUGGAAAGCAGACACGGAUUCCGCGCCUCGCCCAAGAUGUACAAGACAAAGCUCACGCAGUGGAAGUUUUUCAAGAACAAUCGCCAGACCGAUGUUGCGAAUUUGCUUUUCUUGCAGCAGAACCGGCAGGCCCUCGGCAAGGAGACCGUCUUCCGCCGAAACGGCAAGCCCGUGGACAUCGAGGCGUACAUGAAGAGAAGGGGGGUUAGCGCCACAGACCUCGUCGAAGCAGCCGACUUCAGCGAGCUGCCGCCCACCGUACGAUGUCGGACGCCGCCGUCGGUGCCGAAAUUACUGGACCCCCCGGGCGAUUUGCUCGUUAAGGAGCGCUUCCUGCAGUGGACCGCCCAGAACUUCGUCAAGCCGCGGCCGGUGGAGACGGGCUACCUAAGGAAGCUCGACAUCUACCACGCGAGCGAGGCCUUCCGCUCUAUCCAACUGCUGACUCACGGCUGCUGGCUCUUCUCGGUGGGCCAGAACCGCGAAGGCGGCCGUUUCUGCCGGGACGCGUUCGCGCUGCUGCACCACACGCUCGAGGCGUCGGCCUUCCUCUCCGUGUUCGAGCUGCUCGUCUCGAUCCGCCGGUACCCGAACGCGGGGAUCAUGAAGGAGCUAUGGAGCUACCUGUCGCGGUACGCGGCCAUGAUCGAAGGCAUGAACCAGCCGCUGCACCGGGUGCUCGCAUCAUUCGCUAGCUUUGCGGCACAGCACGACCUGAAGCACAAUGUCGACGCGAUCGACUGGGUGCUGCGCUGGUCGUCCGGUCGCUUCCACGGCACCUUUGACGGACAACCCUUCGACUACACGAUGCUCGAGCCCUGGGACGUCGCGCCGCUCGAGCAGUGCUACCACCGCUACUACCUCUGCCUCAACGACUGGCACGUCGACGCCAUCCCGACCGCGAGCCUGCCCAGCCUCGGCGAGCACGAAGACCCCGCGAACCUGCGCGCGGAUCUGCUCCUCAUCCUCGGCAACUCGAGUGCCUGGCGCGACGACCGGAUCCCCAAAGUCGCGGGGGCCGCCCGCGAGGCAAACCGCGCGUCCGCGCACCCCUCCGACUACCUCGAGUUCGCGUGUCUGUACGUGCUGGCGCGGCACGGCCACGCGCGCUCCACGGCGAAGGCGGCGGCGGAGGCGACGACGUGCCCGGACCACCGGCGGGCGCGCGACCAGCUCCAGGAGGCGGCGGACCUGCAGGCGCGCGCGUGGCCCCACGGGCGCAACUAUUACGAGACAUUGACGAUGCUCGAGGGCUGGCUGCGAGAGGCAGGCGACGACCGUGCCGCGGAGGCGACGCGCAAGCGGCGCGACCUCGAUUCCAUGGGCACGCUGACUACGUUACGCCGAUGAGAGAAGGGGGGGAGGGGGGGUGAGAGACGCGCGCGUCCCGUCCGCCCGAACGGUGGGCGGUGGACGGGGUGAUAUAGAAUCCGGUAACAAUUGGGAGAAGCUCAGCUGAGGCGGAUGUAUAUAUAUGUGUGUGUAUAUUAUCGAUAGGACGUCGAAGCCGGGUCCGCCUUGGUCCCUUAUCUUGUGUACGUAUCGUGAUGUCGCGGCGUCGAGGCUCAGGUGGCUUAUGCGAGACCCAUGCACAACCGUUUACCUGCUUACCUGAGCAGGUCUUCCAUACAUAAUAGGAAGUUGGGCCAUCAUCUGGUAUAACCGCUGAUC